AAAAAAGCUUGUUUGGAUCAUAUUGUUCUAGUUUUUGUCUUAAAGUAAUAUUCAAAUCAUUUCUCGUAAAUAAUAGUUCAUUAAUACAUAUAUCAAAUAUACUUGGCAAACACGUUUAAUUGCUGUAUAUACUGGGACCGUUUAACCAUCCGGCUCUACUGCUCGUGGACAACCCAAUAAUGUUAUGACUGUUAACUCCAUCGAAAGAGAACAGUUUGUGAGCUCUAGGCAUUUGUUUUUAUGGCCAUUAGCUGAGGUUUAUUUUCGAGAGGCUGAAAAAAUCUUACAGCACCACGGGACUACUAGGGCUUUUGGCGAUUUGCUGACAGGUGGUCUUCGCUGUCUUUAUGCAGUUUUACUGGAUAACGCUCUUGAACCACGAGUUGAGUUAAUUACUAGAAAACGCAUAUGCGAAAUUUUGUUGCAUCACACACAAGAAUAUGCAGAUGCCGAGUCCAUAUUGAAUCGAGCAAUGUUAAUUGCAAAGCAACACAAUUUCGUUGAAGAAAAGUUCAGUUUACAACUUCUGUUAGCGCGUAUUUUUAGCAAAACUUCACCGAAAGCUGGGAAAGUCUUACUACUUCGCUGUAUCCAAGAGGCGGAAGAAUAUGCCAAAGUAUUGCAAAUGUACGGUACACAGGGCAUCGCCAGUGCUCAUAAAUGGGUAUAUGAAUUUUAUCUUUGUUGCUCAUUAUUUCAAGGUGUCCAACAGAUUUCUAAAAACAUAUAUAAUUACGCAAAAGCAUAUAAUCAUGAAGAGAUGAUUCUUCUGGCAUCAGUCCUAAGUCAAGAUUUAGCAAUGGAAGAAAUUCCAACACGGACCCAUCAAAUAGCUAUUCUUGUUUUGGUAACUCAAAUUGUGAAAUGUAUCAGUGAGGGAAAAGUUUUGCAAUCCAGAGAAAAGCUAAAUACUGUACAUAUGCUUCUUGAAUCCGAUACUUUAAAAUGGGAAUCAUCUCAUGUUGAAUUUACUAUAGACGGAGAAAUCUCCAUCCGCCUAAAAUGGCUUUCUAUUAAUCAGAUUUAUAUUCUUGUUUAUCUGAUAUCUGGCAUUUGCUAUUUACCUGAAACUAGUUCGGGACGUGCCAGUAGAUUCCUUCAAGAGGGAUUGCGCAUUUCUGGAGACUUCGUACCUCAUGAAACUACAGUGAAUGAAUCUUUUGAAACAGAUCGAUGGUUUCAUUCUAUUAUUGAUAAUCUCAAGUGCUAUUUAAUAGCUGCUCACUUGAGUCGUUCAAAGUUUUCGAAGGCCGAAAAGCUACUAUCCUCGAACGAUGUUGAAUCAAACAUUUUUCGAACUUUAUUAAAUGGCAUGCUUAAGCAUAAAAAGGGAAAUUUUGAUGAAGCAGAAUGUAUUUACCGAAGGGUAAUAAAGAACCCUGGUACUCCUAAAGAUGUUUUCAUUUUGUCCACCCUCAAUUUAAUCAAUUUGCUGCAAGACAGUACUGAAGCAAACAACUCCCUAGAAUGGUUAGAAAAAUCUUGCAAAGAACAGAGAAAUAUAGUUUACAGUCUGUGGUGGAUGAUUUUAAAAUUAUCUAGAGAGGGCACACACGUUCAAAAAACAAACAGUUUACUAAAGCUUACGCAGAGUUCAGUAGAGCUUUCAAAUACACAAUUGCAAUACGUUGUUUUCACAGAACUUUGUACUCGCUUAGGAAAUUAUGAACAAGCUGAGAAAAUGGCUAUUUCUGCGCUCACAUUAGCCAGGAAAAGCAAGGAUAACAUUUGGUCUUUUUUUUCUGGAAAGAAUUUAGAAGUACUAUACGAAGGCCUUCAUGAGUUUGAAAAGUUGAAGCAACAAAAAGAAGAGAAUGCAUCUGUUUGGGAAGAAAUCAAAAAUUCCACUUUCUCGAAUUAACAAUUUCAGCAUAGAAGGUUAGAAUCAAAAAAUAUCAUAGUGAAGCUAUAAUAAUGUAAAUAAAUCGUUAAUAUACAGAA